AUGUUAUAUCAUGUCGAUUCCGAAUAUACAAAAUUUGUUGGGAGUGAUUCUCAACAAGAAGAACAAGAACAUUUCCGGCAUCAGGAUGAACAUUGUAUUGUCUCUGCAAAAGAUACUGCAUACAACAACGUGAUCAGAAGGUUCAAGACUGUACUUGAAACAAUUCUUCCUGACUCCAUGGAUUACAAGUUCAAGAGACUGCUGUUUCCUCUCAAACUUAGCGUUGCAAUGUCUAUCAAUAAAGCACAAGCUCAAUCUCUAAACGUUGUGGGACUUAACCUCCUUCAACCUUGCUUCUCACAUGGUCAGGUAUAUGUUAAAUGUUCUAAAGUUGGAGAUGAAAAGAACCUCUACAUUCUCAAUGAUAAACAUGGCAAGACAGAAAACACAGUACAUGAAGAACUUAGAUGCAUAGUAGGUCCAUGUCAUAUACAGAAGUGUAAAACCAUUGAGGGCUAA